UUCUCGCAUCGGAUCAGUCCAGUCCGGAGAAGAAGAGACGCAUCUUCACUUCUUCGCUCCGGAGCUACUUUUCUUUUGUUUGAACCCCACUUUACCUCUGUUUUACCGUGAUUUUCCCCCUGUCGGAGUAGUUUCACGUUCGUUCCAGGAUGGUGAAAGUGUCUUUUAACUCUGCACUGGCGCAGAAAGACGCCAAAAAGGACGCAGAAAGUCUGAUUCCGGAGGACAAAGACGCCGAGGCGGCCCUGCUGGUGCGCCAGCAGUCCCGGGCCUGGUGCUGGUGCAUGUGCCUGGGUCUGGCCCUCAUGCUGUCCGGAGUGGUGGUGGGAGGAGUCUACCUGUUCCGCUACUACGUCCCAGAGGAGGGCCAGGUGUACGUGUGCGGUCUGAACUACCGGGAGGAGGACUUCAUGGUGCAGGAGGAGGAGGUGGAGGUGGAGCUGCCCAACGGCUACCACCUGCGGCAGGUGGAGGAGCGCGUCCGGGUGCUGGAGUGGGAGCAGGUGGAGCUCAUCAGCGUCCCCGUGCCCGAGUUCGAGGACGGAGACCCCGCCGACAUCGUCCACGACUUCAACCGGAGGCUGACUGCUUAUCUGGAUCUGACCCUGAAAAAGUGCUACGUGAUCCCCCUCAACACCUCCAUCGUGAUGCCGCCCAGAGACUUCCUGGAGCUGCUGAUCAACGUCAAGGCCGGCACCUACCUGCCCCAGUCCUACCUGAUCCAUGAGGAGAUGGUGGUGACGGAGCGCCUGGAGCACGUGGACCAGCUGGGCUUCUUCAUCUACAACCUGUGCCGCGGGAAAGAGACGUACAAGCUGCAGCGCCGGGACCGCAUCCUGGGCAUGCAGAAGCGCGAGGCUCCGAACUGUCAUAAGAUCCGUCACUUUGGAAGCGGAGUGGUGGUGGAGACCCUGAUCUGCGAGCCGUAGCUCCGCCCCUUCCUCGCUGCCGCCGCCGCUCGCUCUGCGUCUUCUUUCCACUUCUGCCGGCGUGAGGCCGUGUCGCCAGACACACCGUAACUAAGUCACCAUGAGUAACUUAUUGUAAUCAGAGUAACUGCAUGGAGUUUUAUGAUGAUAGAAAAACUGAACAGUUUGUAAAGUUUGUACCACUCUUUUUGUACGCUGUCUGCUGUAGCUUCAAUACACUGAGCUUUAAGUGUGUGUUUGUGUGUGUGUGAGUGUGUGAGUGUGUGAGAGUGAGAGAGAGUGUGUGUGUGUGUGUGUGUGUGUGUGUGUGUGUGUGUGUGUGUGUGUGUGUGUGUGUGUGUGUUUUACUAAUUUGUGUGUAUAUAAUCUCUUUAAAUCUAUGAACAGACCAACAACACAAUAAAAGACAAAAACAACAACA